GGUUGGAGAUUACUUUGAAAGACACCGGAAGUAGAAUCACUUUGUUGUGCUAGCUUGAUUCUUCUGACUUGCUUGUGAUUUAGGUUUUGUUAGCUAAUCUGGCUAGCAGAUGUCGACUGAUUGAACUUAUAUUCAGAUGAAUUUAUGCGCAUAAAACAGUUUAUACGCCACUCCUAGUUAAAGGGGAGGAUGGCACAUCGACGUAGUCCACCUCAGCCGUCCCAGAGGACGGAGUACCUGGAGCCUGAUAAUGAUUCCGACAGGGACUCAGGUGUUGGGGAGGAUGCAGGGGAGGAUGCUGACAGUCACCAUGGAAGCACAGUAACCGAAGAUGAGAACGGCAGCAUGCAAGAUGGCACAGAAGAAAGCAGAGAUGUGGGGAGAGAUUCUACGGUUUUCGUUGCUUUUCAAGGGAAUAUGGAGGAUGAGGACUUCACACAUAAACUUGAAACUAUCCUCAAUGGGAUACCAAACAUGCUUGAUAUGGGUCCUGAUAGGUUACAGCCACAGCAUGUGGAGCCAUGGAACAGUGUUCGGGUUACCUUCAACAUUCCUAGGGACGCUGCUGAGCGGCUCAGAUUGUUGGCCCAGAACAACCAGCAGCAGCUCAGAGACCUGGGGAUUCUCUCAGUGCAAAUUGAAGGUGAAGGGGCCAUCAACGUGGCUAUGGGACCAAAUAGAGGGCAGGAGGUCAGAGUUAAUGGACCAAUUGGAGCACCUGGACAGAUGAGAAUGGAUGUUGGCUUCCCAGGUCAGCCUGGCCCAGGAGGAGUGAGGAUGCCUAAUCCGUCAAUGGUUCCCCCUGGGCCUGGCAUGGCAGGUCAGGCUAUGGUUCCAGGCAGUAGUGGACAGAUGCAUCCUCGUGUCCCCAGACCACCUUCACAGACAGAUGUUAUGGAUCCAAUGAUGCCAGGUAUGUCAGUUCAGCAGCAACAGCAACUUCAGCACCAACAAGCAGGUCCCCAUGUCUCCAGCCAAAUACCUCCUCAGGCUGCCCAUCACAUGCAGGCUUUACAGGCUGGGAGGCCGCUCAACCCGGCAGCUCUUCAGCAACUACAACAACAGCAUCACCAACAGCAACAGGCCCAGCAGCAAGUUCAGCUCUCCCAGCUUGGACCUCGACCUCCGUUUAACCCAUCAGGCCAGAUGGCUGUGCCUCCUGGCUGGAACCAGUUACCCCCUGGGGUCCUCCAACAACAAGCUGCCCAAGGAGGCCCUGCUUGGAGAAAACCUCCACCACAAGGCCAGAUUGUUCAACGCCCACCAUCUCUUGCUACGGUUCAGACCCCCAGCCACCCCCCGCCUCCUUACCCAUUUGGCAGCCAGCAAGCUGGGCAGGUAUAUAAUGCCAUGGGACAAGGGCAGUUACAGCAACAGCAAGCAGGAGUGGGUCAGUUUGCCACACCCCAACCAAAAGGUCCACAGGCGGGCCCUGGUGGGGUUGCAGGACCACCCAGAGUCCCUGCACCCCUUCCACCAACAUCUGGGUCGCAGGGCAAUCUUACUGCCAAGUCCCCUGGUUCCUCGUCGUCUCCUUUUCAGCAAGGAUCACCAGGAACUCCUCCCAUGAUGGCUCAGAGACCAACAACUCCACAGGGUUUCCCCCAGGGCGUCGGUUCCCCAGGAAGAGCAGCACUUGGCCAACAGGGUAACAUGCAACAAGGGUUCAUGGGUAUGCCUCAGCAUGGACAGCCCGGGGCCCAAGUUCACCCAGGCAUGCAAAAGCGUCCCAUGGGAUUCCCAAACCCAAACUUUGUCCAGAGUCAGGUGAGUGCAAGCACUCCAGGAACCCCAGGUGAGGAGCCAAUCAACAGUUACAAAACAGCCAAGCUAUGGCUCACACAGGAGCUCAGCCAUCGUCCUCUGUACCUAACCCCAUGCAGGGACCACCCCAUGUCCAACCCAAUGUUAUGGUUGCACAGAGUAGCAUGGCAGGUGCGCCCCCUGGUACAACCGCUGGACCCAUUAUGGGACAGCAACAGCCUGGCCUUCAGGACCCAGAUGAUAGGCCUCCAGCAUCAGGCCCAGCCCGUGUCCUCCUCCCCCAGCCAGAAGGUUCAAGGCCAGGGUGCAGGUCAAACUGUCCUCUCAAGGCCCCUUAGUCAAGGCAGAGGGGAGGGAUGACCCCACCCAAGCAAAUGAUGCCUCAGCAGGGCCAGGGGGUGAUGCAUGGGCAGGGUCAGAUGGUUGGAGGCAAGGGCACCAGGCCAUGCUCCUGCAGCAGCAACAAAAACUCCAUGAUGGAGCAAAUGGUUGCCAACCAGAUGCAAGGCAACAAGCAGGCAUUUGGAGGCAAGAUUCCAGCUGGGGUCAUGCCUGGACAGAUGAUGCGAGGCCCUUCUCCAAACGUUCCCGGAAACAUGGCUCAGUUCCAGGGCCAGGUUGGCCCACAGCAGAUGACUCCACAACAGCAACAGCAGCAAAUGGCUCAACUCCAACAACAGCAGUUACAACAGCAGCAACAGCACCAGUUGCAACAGCAACAACUACAGCAGCAACAACAGCAACAACAUCAGCAGUUGAACCAGCAACAGUCCCAGCAGGUUCCUAUUCCUGGGAAUCCUAAUCAAGUUAUGGGCAUGCAUGGGCAGCAGAUGAGGCUCCCUGCUGGUCAUCCUCAUAUCCAACAACAGUUGCAACAGCAGCAAUUACAGCAGCAGCAGAAACAGCAGCAACAGGCCAUGUUACAACAACAGCAACAACAACAGGUAGCCCAACAACACCCACAUGCUUUGGGAGAUCCUACUAGUGGGACAGGAGACCUAGGCGUCCAACAGAUGGUCCCUGAUAUGCAGACACAGCAGCAGCAAGGCAUGAUGACAGGCCCUCAGCACAUGCAGAUGGGAAAUGGCCAUUUUGCAGGUCAUGGAAUGAAUUUUAAUGCACAGUUCCCCGGUCAGAUGCCAAUGGGAGGACCCUGCGUACAGCCAGGAGGUUUUCCUGUCAACAAGGAUGUAACACUGACAAGCCCACUGCUGGUCAACCUGCUGCAGAGUGAUAUUUCAGCCAGUCAGUUUGGGCCAGGAGGAAAACAGGGAACAGGGGCGGGCAAUCAGGCCAAACCUAAAAGAAGAAACCUGCACGAAAGAAGAAGCCCAAGAGGGAGAGGGACAACAGCAAGGAGAAGGACUUGGUGGUCUUGAUGUUGCUUCUGGCAUGGAUGAUUCAGAAUUGCCAAAUCUUGGUGGGGAACAAAAUUUGGGCUUAGACGGCUCAGGCCCAAAACUCCCUGAUUUUUUCCAACAGGCCUGCAGGGUUCCUGGACAACCUGGAGACCAGAGAGUAUUGCAGCAGGUACCCAUGCAGUUCAUGCAGCAGCAGCAGCAACAACAACAACAACAACAACAACAACAACAACAACAACAACAGCAACAACAACAGCAGCAGCAACAGCAACAACAGCAACAUCAACAACAACAACAACAACAACAAAUGCAGCACAUGCAACAGCAGCAAAUACAACAACAACAACAAAUACAGCAGCAGCAGCAACAAAUGCAACAACAAAUGCAACAGCAGCAGAUGCAGCAGCAACAGUUACAACAACAACAGCAGAUGCAGCAACAGCAGCAGAUGCAACAGAUGCAACAGAUGCAGGGUCUACAGAAUGCUCAAGGUCAGCAGGGAAUGACAGGGCCACAGACUUCAGGUCAAGCUCAGCCCCAGAUGCACCCUCAUCAGCUGCAACAACAGCAGCAGCAGCAGCAACAGCAGCAGCAGCAGCAAACUCAACAGCCACAUCUACAACAGCAGCAACAACAACAACAGCAGAUGAUGAUGAUGCUGAAGAUGCAGCAGGAGCAAGCAAAGAAUCGCAUGUCACUUCCUCCAGUAGGGCAGCUCCCUCCUCGGGGAAUGGGAAAUCCACCUGAGGUACAGAGGCUGCCUGUCUCACAGCAAGGAAACAUGCCUGUAAUGAUCAGCCUUCAAGGACAUGGAGGGGUACCACCGUCACCUGACAAAGCCAGGGGGAUGCCCCUGAUGGUAAACCCCCAGCUUGCAGGUGUUGCACGAAGGAUGUCCCAUCCCGAAGUAGGGCAGGGCCCUCAACCAACUGGAUCUGAAGAGGCUUCUGCAGGGGCCCAUCCAAAACCGGACGGCCUGGUUGGCUCAGAAAUUGUGGCGCAGCCAGGAAAUGGGACACAGCAAAUGAUGGCCAAUCAGGGCUCUAACACUCACAUGAUGAAACAGGGCCCUGGUCCAUCACCAAUGCCCCAGCACACUGGAGCCAGUCCUCAGCAGCAGUUGCCCACACAGCCUCAACAAGGAGGACCCAUGCCAGGAAUUCAUUUCCCUAAUGUCCCAACGACGUCACAGAGCUCCAGGCCCAAAACUCCCAACAGAGCCAGCCCAAGGCCCUACCACCACCCUCUCACCCAACAAAUCGUCCACCAAGUACUGAGCCAUCUGAAAUCAACCUCUCUCCCGAAAGAUUGAAUGCCUCUAUUGCCGGGCUGUUUCCUCCCAAAAUUAACAUUCCUCUUCCUCCAAGGCAGCCUAACCUCAACAGGGGGUUUGACCAGCAAGGUCUAAACCCAACUACAUUAAAAGCCAUUGGGCAGGCCCCUCCUGGUCUAACUUUACCAGGCAACAACAACAAUGGUAGUGCAGGUGGAAAUAACACUAACAACAAUCAACAGCCUUUCUCUACUGGCACUGGUGCAGGAGGUGUAGGCACUAAACAGGACAAGCAGCCAGGGGUGCAGGGUAAGCGGGCAAGUCCCAGCAAUAGUCGAAGAUCAAGUCCAGCCUCUAGCCGUAAGUCAGCCACUCCAAGUCCAGGGAGACAGAAAGGGACAAAGAUGGCCAUCAGCUGCCCUCCCAACCAGCAGCAGUUAGUCAACAACCAGGGGCAAACAAUGAUGCUUAGCCCUACCUCAGUACCCCCAAGUCCAGUGUCUUUGCCUUCACAAGUCAGUGGGGGCAUAGAUGCACAGCAAACCCCAGAACCUCUUCCACGGAAUGCAAGGAACCCCUGUUGAGGGAGUCAGGGAUAGUCAUGGAAUGAUGACUGCCGAGCAGCGACACAUGCCUCAGUCUCAACCCCAACCCCAACCCAGCCACAGUCUUUGAGAGAGUUAUCAGCUCCCAGAAUGGCAAGUCCUCGUUUCCCCUUGCCACAGCAACCUAAACCUGACUCAGAACUGCAGGCUGGCAUGGUUGAUCGGAAGCCCGCACAAGCAGCACCUUCGCAGGACUCUGAGGUCUCGCCCACUCUCAGGACAGCCCCAACCUCCCUCAACCAGCUACUGGAUAACACGGGUAUUCCGAACAUGCCUCUUCGUUCCAUACAGAGUAAUACUGUAAGGGAUGGUUUAGGAAAGGACAGUCCAAAGUCUGCUUUAGAUCCAGAGAGAUCACUUCAUAGUAAUUCCCAGAGUACAGAUUUGUCUGCGUCUGUCCCAACCACUGCCACUGUAACUGAAUCAGAAGCCAAACUCAAACCUGCUGUCCUUGUCUCUACUAGCAGUCCUAAUUUGCAGCUUACUUCAAUUACCAACUCACAUUCGAGCACUAACAUAAACUCAAAUACUGCCCCCAGUCUUAACCAAACCCCAUUCCCAGUGUAGGUGUCAAUACCAAGUCAAAAUGUAAACCUAACUGCCACCCCUCAGUACUACCACUAUUCCCACCAUGAGUGUAAGCCCCAACCUAAUCACUUCCACUCAGAGCAGUCCUGCCUUGACUGUUAGUACUAGUUCUAACCCCAGCUCUGUUUCAAACCCACCUAGUUCAUCUGUAAAACUAAGUCCAAGCCCUAGUCCUAAACCUGUGACAACUGUUCAUUCUGUAAUACAAAUCCCUGCCUCCUCUACCACCAUAUCUCCCAAUCAAAUCACUGUAUUUGUCACCUCCAACCCCAUCACCUCUGCUCCCACACCCCAGGCACCAACAUCUAUGGUCUCCACGAUGGUGGCUGUCUCUAACAAAAACAUCAGACCUCAGGACAUUCGACAGCAGACCCCUGUACCCCGACCUCAGUUUAUCACCACCACCCCUGUGUUCAUCAACCCAAUUUCCAGGUCCCAGGUGCUUCUGUGGCACCAAUCCCAAUGUAGUAUCCCAGUCAGUCACCAUGGGUAGGGCCUAUCCAGGUUUCCACUACAAAUAUCCAACUUCCCUCUGCCCAAGCUCCACCCAGUCAUCAGGGGCUAAUGUGACCAGCUCUCAGCCACCUAGAAGUACUGUUGGACAGGUCCAGAUUACCACUAGUGUAUCCUCACCUGCCCCAGUUGGUAUCCUCCAAGCGCCUCAGCAAAAUAACCCAGGGGCUCUCAAAACAGAAAAUGUAGUUGAGACAGGUCCUGCUCAGAAGUCUAGUCCCCCUAUCCAGCAGCCCUCUCCCCACCCAAGCCCUUCAGCCUCAUCUCCCUUUCAGCCACCACUGGCUUCUCCUCCACCCUGCUCAAGUCAGUAGAAAGGCCUGCACAGGUACCUGCCAGGGGCCCGCGGGAGCGUUGACACCAAAGAUCUGUCAUCCUCCUGCCACUCAGAUUGAAGUACUAGUGCCCCAAACCACUGCUGCUGCUGUGAAUAACAUUGCACUGCCUGCAAUUUCUUCUCCAAUUCCUAUUCCUGGCCAAGUUGCUCUCCCCACUCAGAUUGUUACCCAGGCUCCAUUGCCUGUUCCUGCUUCAGUUUCAAGCCCAGCCCAGGCUGUAACUACUAAAGCACCUGUUGUCACUGUAGUUGGAACUACCACAAGUGUCUCUUCUGCUACCUUGCCCGCAUCUUCUUCUGUCACUCCUGAAUCAAGUCCUGUACCGUCCAUUGUUCCAAUUGUUUCGGGACCUGGACCUGUUCAUGAUGUUCCACCUGCCACAUCCUUGCCAGUUGUCAACUCCGGUGGAGUUUUGACAGCUCAAUCAGAACCUCCAGCCGUGGAAACCUCCACUUCAGCCAGUUGCAGCCCCUGCUGAAACCUCUCAAACCACCCAAGCACCUGUUCAACCAGAAGCCCCACAAUUGCCGGAACCGGUUGCCAGUGAGAAGACAGGUGAAAGAGGUCCUCCACAGGAUCAGAGCAAGGAUGGGCAAAGAAAGAAAGGCGCCCAUCAACUUAGUCCCAAGAGCUGCUGUAGAGAAGCCCAAGGGACCGAGUAGACGCAGCUCCCGGGCUGAGAAGGAGGUUGAGGAGGAGCCAGUUCCGGACAGCGGCAUUAGGAAGAGAUCAGCAAGGCCUGGAACCAGGCUGCUGUGAAG